AUGUGGAUCCGCAUCAACAGCCCAUCCUCUAUUAUCUGCCUACCUCUUUCAAUCUUUCUUUUCAUCAUAUCAUCCUACAUCCCACGUCUCGCAGCAGGGCCGUUUUUCCCCCUUUGUGUCUGUUACAAACAGAUAGUGCGUACAUCCUUUGAAGCACCAGUUGGCAACUCUGCUCAAAAAGGCACCAACUCGCUUCCUGCGCGCCCGCCCGCUAGCAACAACAGCAAGUCGACCUUCAAGCCCGCAUUCGCCUUCACUCCCACAUCAGUUGCCAAGCAAAAGCAGCCCCAGACAUCCUACGCUGGAAACGCAACAUCCUCUGCCGCCCCAACAAGCUACGGCUACGGCGCACAACAGCCCCAGCAUGGCGCUUCUUACCAAUCGUACCCCGCCGCUGGCGGCGCGGUGAGGGGAGCUUCUGCCCACAGCUACGGACAGCAACCUCAAAGCUAUGGUGCGCAGACUUACUCCGCCGUACCACAAAUCCAGAACCCGUUCCCCAUCCCGGGAGCCGCACCAGCAGCAGCAUCCACGUACCAGUCUGCCAACUACGACCCCGAAAUGGCAGCGCAGAUUGCGCAGUGGCAAAGCGCCUAUGUGCCUCGCGAUGCGGUAGAUAAGGACGGCAAGCCGAUUGCCCCCGAGCUCCUGAAAGCUGCUGAUGGCCCAGUCGACCGACAAAAGACAGUUGUACGCGAAGGCGGCGGCAAGAAAUGGAGCGAUGAUACCCUUCUAGAGUGGGAUCCUUCACAUCUGCGUCUCUUCAUCGGCAACCUGGCUGGUGAGACUACCGACGAGUCUCUGCUCAAGGCCUUUUCGCGAUGGGGAUCGGUACAAAAGGCUCGCGUCAUCCGCGAAAAGCGCACAAACAAGUCCAAGGGAUACGGCUUUGUCAGCUUCAGUGACACCGACGACUUCUUCCAGGCGGCCAAGGAAAUGAAUGGCAAGUACAUUCAGAGCCACCCGGUCACUGUGCGCAAAGCCAAUACAGAAAUCAAGGUCACCAACGUAAAAGACAAGAACUACCAUAAGAACAAGAAGAACCGGGGUGGCAAUGACCGUGCAAACAAUGGUCAAGGCUCUCACCAGGGCACCAAGAGCGGCAGUGGCGUAACGAAGCCUGGCCAGAAGACCAAGAACGGUCUCAAACUACUUGGUUAGAUGAACUGCAUGGCUUCGGGGCCGGAUGGUGUGCUUUUUUUUUUUUCAAAAAGCGUUUGGCGUUUCUGGUUGGUCGUUCUGGGACGGCUUGUAUACAGCACUUAUAGAAUAUAAAAUAAUGAACCACGAUUUCUCAACGAAUAUCAAUUCAAUAAUGCAGAUCUAAGAACGGGGUAUAUCCCAACAUACCUCAUCUAUUUACAAAAUCCGCCGCCGUACUUUGCGUACCCAAGUAAAGAAAUGGUAGGGAAAGAAUGUGAAAAAAUUGAGAUGGUGCUAUAUUCCAUCUCAAAAUGGAAAGACUGAUAGCCAUUCGAGUAUAUAUAGUGACAGAAAGAACCCCAGCCGUGGAUAUGUGAGAAACGCCGUAGAUGCUUUUAGAAACGCUAAAAUAAAAGGACAAAGUAUGGGGUGUAAAAGAAGUUGUGUAUCAGGUUAGUCGUGCGUCUUAUGAUGUAAAUCCGCAGAGUUGGCUUGGCUCGAUUCGCCGAUAUCAGGAGCUUGAUAUAUAAGGCCGUGGCUUUCGUCCGAGUCAUCAAUGUCUGGGUCGCUGCUGGGCACAGGUAGAAAGGAGUCACCAGAUUUGGCGCCGGAAACACCUGCAGCCGCAUCAGCUCGCAUUUUGGUGAUCUUGACAUAAUUGUAGGCAAUGAUGGCGGCAAGUGUAACAGCUAGGCCAAUGAAAUUGACAAAGGUGAGCUUGUCGUCCAAGAUGACCGAUGCCGCCGAUAUGGUCACUACUUCCUUGAAAAUGCCAGCAAUGGACAGUGUCACGACUGAUGUCCGCUGGAGCAGUGCAAACUCUGAUGCUAUCAUGAGAAAGGCAAUGCAUCCUGGGAAGAGCAGAAAGAAAGGCGUCGCUGCCGUUCCAAACUUCUCGGCAAGUCGGCCAAGCCCGGCAAACAACGGGCCAAAUCCUUCGACGGGAACUGCCAUGGCAAAGAGGACCACAAACAUAAUGGGCGACAAAUAAAAGAUGCUAGAGAAGGGGUUCGAAGUGGCCGAGCUGCGAAGAAGCAGAAGCUGGGUAAGCGCCCAUCGGAAGCCAGAGAAGAAGGCGGCCGAGAUGACGAGGAAGAAUCCUCCGAGCUCAAACUUGACCUCGCCAGACACCAUAAGAAUAACACCGGC